CAACACCCCUAACAACCCCCACCCUCGCUUCCAACGUACUGUAAUACUAAAAAACUUAGAUACAAGCUUAAGGAACCACAAAAAGCUCUCACCUUUUCUGUUUUCUUCACACAAAUUUGCUGUUUUUUCAAUGAAAGAGUCUACAGAGAAGAGCCCCAAUCCCAUGGAGACUUUGAAUGGCUUCUCCCACGUGCCUUCUACUCCCGUCUUCUGGAAAUCCCGGAAAAGAUCAGUCAGCGGGAAGAAGCUAGACCUAGACAGUGCAACGGAUGAAAAAACGCCAGAGAAACAGGAAGAAUUGUCGGCUGAUGAGAAAAAGGAGGAAAUGGAUGUGGAUGCACUUUCCGUUCUUUCUGAGCGCAGAAAGGCCUUGUUUGAACCAUUGGAACCCAUAACAAAUGCGAGUGGCAAAAGACCAUCAGCCGAGUCGUUGUUACCCCCACCUGAUUUCGACUCCUCGAGUUACCCUAAAGGAUGGCUUAUUGGGAAGAAGCGGAAGCUUGUAAACGUAGAUGUUGUUGAGAGCAUGCGUAGGAUUGCCGUACAGGAAAUGAACAGAAAGGACCGAGAAAUCGAUGGGCUGAACGAGCAAUUAGAAGCGGAUGCACGGUGCUUGGAACAUCUGCAGCUGCAGCUGCUGGACGAAAGGAGCAAGCGGGCUGAUGUCGAGAGGCAAAACAACAUGUUGCAGAACCAAAUAAACAUGCUCAUGGACAUGUUACAGGAGAAUGAUGCAGUAGAGGGCGAAGGUACAGAGGAUCCAUAAUUUGUUUGUUGGUUUAUUUUUGCGUAGAAAUAUGUAGAAAAUAUUAGGAAAGAAUGGGGGAUUUAUGGAGCCAUUCUUUUGCCCUAUAAAAAUUGUAUUUAUAUUUCAGUGUCCAGAUGCAGCACUGUUGUGUUUCUUCUUAGAGUUUAUUGCUAUUUGUAAUAUGCUCUGUAAUGUCUAAAUAAGAAAUAGAAAUGUAUAUCAAUAAAGAUAGAAAUGUACAAUGUUUUUUAUGGA